GAGUGUGACAGCGCCACAUGCGUGUUGUUGUGUUGUUGACAUUUUAAAGGUUUCAUCUCUUCCCGGUGUUCUGCAGCGUCCGGGUCCAGACUCGGGUUCGGUGUGUUCUCCGUCCGUCUGUCCGGAGGUGAGAUGAGGAACCUGAAGCUGCUGAAGAGUCUGAGCAGCUCGGAGCUGAACGGACCCGGCUCCCCUCAGUUCCUGUGCGUCCGGGCCGACACCGGCUCGCUGCUGGUCGCCUCCCAGUUCUCCGUCACAGAGUACGACCCCCGGAGCGACCUGGUGGUCAAAGAAGCCUCAUUAACGGCGAAUGGUUUCCUCCCGGAGGACGGCGGGGGGGUGGUGGUCGGACUGCAGGACCUGGCGGAGCUGGAGUCGGCGUGCGUGGCCACGACCGGAGGCGAUGUCGUCCUGUUCAACCUCAACACGUGUCAGAUGGAGUGCGUUGGCAGCGUGGACAGCGGUCUGACCUCCAUGAGCUGGAGUCCCGAUGAAGAGCUCGUCAUUCUCACAACCGGCCAGGAAACAAUCAUCAUGAUGACCAAAGAGUUUGAGCCGAUCACUGAGGUUGGAAUCCACCAGGACGACUUUGGUGAAGGAAAGUUCAUCACAGUGGGCUGGGGGAAGAAGGAGACGCAGUUCCACGGCUCAGAGGGGAAACAGGCCGCACAGAGGAAGAGCCAGGAGGUGCAGCCGGCGGGCGGGUGGGACGACCGCAGGCCGCGGGUCACGUGGCGAGGGGACGGUCAGCUGUUUGCCGUCAGCGCCGUCUGUCCUCAGACCGGAGCCAGGAAGGUGCGGGUGUGGAACAGAGAGGGAGUCCUGCAGUCCACCAGCGAGCCCAUCAACGGCCUGGAGCAGGCGCUCUGCUGGAAACCCUCCGGCAGCCUGAUAGCGAGCACUCAACGCCAUCCCAACAAACACAGCGUGGUGUUCAUGGAGAAGAACGGACUCCUGCACGGAGACUUCACGCUGCCCUUCAGCAAGGACCAGGCCAAGGUGAAGGAUCUGCUGUGGAACACUGACUCCACAGUUCUACUGGUCUGGUUGGAGGACAUGACGCCUGGAGAGGAUGGACAGGUCAACACUUACAUCCAGCUGUGGACGGUAGGGAACUACCACUGGUACCUGAAGCAGAGUUUGAACUUCGGCCGAGACCCUCACAAGGCGCCGGUCUCGGUCUGUUGGGACCCUGAACGCCCCCUGAGGCUCCAUCUGGUGAGACGCGACUGGUCCACCACCACUUACGACUGGGGCUGGACGACGGAGCGGAGUCCCGGGCUGGACGCCACUGACAACGCCAACGUGGCUGUGAUCGAUGGAGAUAAAAUCCUGAUGACCACCUUCAGGCAGGGUAUCGUCCCUCCGCCCAUGUGCUCAUCGGAGCUGCAGCUGAAGUCACCGGCCAACCAGGUGACCUUCCUCUGCCGACCUCAGAGGACCAAUCAGCUGGCAGUGUUCACCGCUAAUGGAGAAAUCUCAGUCUACGGCCAAGAUUCAGGAGAACAUGCCGACAAAACAGCCGAUGGCUUCAGGAUUGUGUCUCGUCCCCUCGUCCUCCAGAAAACCUUCAGCGGACCACUUCUCCAGGACGACCCGCUCGCCCUGCGGCAGCUGCUGUGGCUGGAGGACGAGCUGUUUGUGUGGGUCAGGCCCGGGCUGCUGACCACCACCUCCACUCUGCAGAUGCUCCGACCCGCUCAUAAUCGUGACACGCUCGCUGUCAGGUGUGAGAUAGAAGUGAACGGUGUGGUGGUCAGCAUGGUUCACUGCUCUCUCAGCGGCACUCUGGCCUUGCAGCUGGAGGACGGACAGAUCAGGAAAGUUCUCUGGGAUUGUGCUGAGCCCCUGGUGGAGGUGUGGCGGGACUCCAGUGGAUGCACCACUAACUUCCCUGUUCCCUGCGUUCAGACGGCGCUCUGCAGCAUCAGUGGCGAGGAAUAUCUGCUGGGCCUGACCGACCGAUCCCACCUGUACGCUGGAGACACAGAGCUGGCCUCCAACGUUUCCUCCUUCGCCGUCUGCAACAACUUCCUCCUCAUCACCACACACUCCCACACCUGCCGCUGCCUCCACCUGAGCGCUCUCACGGUCAAAGGGCUGCAGUCGGCCUUGACCUCGGACGGAGGUCAGAACGACGAGACGCUGCGCCGGGUGGAGAGAGGAUCCAGGAUCGUCACUGUGGUGCCUCAAGACACCAGAGUGAUUCUACAGAUGCCUCGUGGGAACCUGGAGACUGUUCAUCACAGAGCGCUGGUGUUGGCUCAGCUCAGGAAGUGGCUGGACGGUUUGAGGUUCAAAGAAGCUUUUGAAUGUAUGAAGAAGCUGAGGAUCAACCUGAACCUCAUUUAUGAUCACAACCCAAAGGUUUUCCUGGAGAACAUGGACACCUUCAUCACACAACUGAACUCCAUCAACCUCAUUAACCUCUUCCUCACUGAGCUCAAAGACGAGGAUACCACCAGCACCAUGUACCCUCGUCCUGAGAGCAGCCCAGGUCAGCCCCAGUGGGCCUCUGGGCAGAAGAAGGUGGAUGUGGUUUGUGAUGCUUUACGGAACGCCAUGGAAUCAAUGGAUCCAAACAAGUUCUGUCUGUCCAUACUGACGGCUCAUGUGAAGAAGACGGUUCCAGAGCUGGAAGUCGCUCUGCAGAAAGUCCACGAGCUUCGAGAAAAUCCUUCUGCAGCUCCGGGCGCCGUCAGUGCUGAAGAAGCGUUGAAGUACCUCCUCUUCCUCGUCAACGUCAACGACCUUUACGAACACUCCCUGGGAACGUAUGACUUCGACCUCGUGCUCAUGGUGGCUGAGAAAUCCCAGAAGGACCCCAAAGAGUACCUUCCCUUCUUAAACAUGCUGAAGCGCCUGGAGCCGAACUACCAGCGCUACACCAUCGACAAACACCUGAAGCGCUACAGCAAGGCUCUGCUUCACCUCAGCAAGUGUGGACAGGAACAUUUCCUUGAAGCUCUGCAGCUGGUGAAGGAGCAGAAACUCUACAGCGAAGCUCUGAGACUGUUCCCAGCUCACAGCGUCCAGUACAAGGCGCUGAGCUGCUCCUAUGCCGAGCACCUGGUGGAGCAGCAGCAGGCGGAGCAGGCCGGCCUGUUGCUAUGGCGAUGUGGCGAGUCCGUCAGCGCCCUGCAGGCGUUCGCCAGCAGCUCCAGUUGGAGGAAUGCGAUCUGCGUGGCGCAGCAGAUCCCGCUGCCGCCCGACCAGCUCGCGCUGCUGGCCAGGGACCUGGCAGAGAAGCUGACUGAACAGCGGCGGUUCUCAGAAGCGGCUCUGCUGUUGGACCAAUACGCCAAAGACUGUGAGGAAGCCAUCUUGGCUCUGAUCACAGGUGCAGUCUGGGAAGAGGCGCUUCGAUUGAUUUACAUGCACAACCGGCAGGACAUCACAGAAACGAACCUGAGACCUGCUCUGCUAGAGGCUGUCGGCACUCAGACCGCCUUCCUGGAGGCUCAGAUAACGAUGUUCACGCGACACAGGAGCCGACUGGCUGUGGUUCGAGAGCAGAAGGCCAGACUGGACAUGCUGGAUGAGGAAGGUCCAGACUGUCCUGAUGCUGAGCUUUACUCUGAAGCCAGCAGCGUGAUGACCGGCUCCAAAUACUCCCAGAGCAACUCCCGCAUCUCCUCGAGAUCGUCAAAGAACCGACGGAAAGCCGAGCGGAAGAAACUCAGUCUGAAGGAAGGAAGCCCCCUGGAGGACAGAGCGCUGAUGUACGCCCUGGGUGAGAUCAUCACCACCGUGGACAAGAUGAGAGAGGAGGUGCACAACCUGCUGAAGGGUCUGGUGCUGUUCCAGUACGACAAGCAGGCGGAGAAGCUGCAGCUGAGCUACGACGAGGCUCUGCACUCCAUGGAGGCCGCGCUGCCGGAGGUGUGGCCUGAAGGCCUCCAGAGCAACCAGGCUCCGCUCACUGGACCAAACUCCACUGCAAACAGCAUCAUGGCCUCGUUCCAGCAGCAGCAGCAGCAGCAGAGACCUGCAGCUCCACCACCAGAUGCUGAGGUGAUGCCUCCACCGAGGAUGAGAAACGGAAUCAAGUGGAAGCUCAUGAUCCUCAAUUAGUUAUAUUUCUGAUGUUUUAAGUGUUACAUGUUAAAUAUGUUAUAAAUAAAGAUUCAGGUCAUGUGU